AAGUCAGAAAUCAGCCAUUUGGAAAGUGCAAGGAGCGAUCAUUGAUGCAGGGCUGUGAUUGAGAGUUGAGCUCCGAUAUUAACAGCCGCGAUGGGGAAGAAGACUCGCACAGGCACCGGCAGGAGAACCAUAUUACAGCUCUCACCUCCGGGACCGACCCGCAGCGCUACAGGAGCAGCCCGAGAGGACGGCGUCGGCUCGGGGUCCGAAGACGAAACCGAGGGUAGCACAGAUGGUCAGAGAGAAGUUAAUGUAGUAAUGAAGACACCAGCUGUAAAGGCCACACAGGGUUUAUCUCUGCUUGGAGCGUACGAAGACAGUGAAGAAGAAGAUGCAGCAGAAAACACCUCGACUGCCACGAAGGCAAAGCAUAACCAGUCCACAGACAUUGACAGCACACUUGCCAAUUUUAUGGCGGAAAUUGAUGCAAUUACGACCCAACCAACCCAGACAAGUGAAUCUGGGACAGAGCAGAGUGCACCAGCACCAACUCCUCCUCGCCCCGAACCCAAAACAGACCAGCAGACUCAUGAUCAGAACGGACCCACGCAGGAAUUUCAAUACGACACACAGUACUCCCUCGCAGGGGCUGGGUUGGAGAUGGGUGAUUGGCAGGAGGUGUGGGAUGAAAAUACCGGUUGUUAUUACUAUUGGAAUACUCAGACCAAUGAGGUGGCCUGGGAGCUCCCGCAUUACCUCGCAAACCAGAUGCAGAGUUUACAUUACACGGGCAGUUCGUCUGUAAAUGGCAAUGGUGUGGCACAUCACAGCAGUUAUACUGAACAGCAGUCUGUUGCAGCUGCUCCUGCAUCUAAAAAAGAAACCAAAAAGAAGGAAGUAAUUGAGAGUGUUGUGGCUUUGACCAGCGAGGAAGAAGAGAGGAGAGGGGUGGCAGCUACUCUCCUUGCUCCUCUUAUCCCAGAAGAGGUUAAGGAGGCAGAGGAGAAGUGGAGAAAGAAGGUGCUGGCAAUGGAGGAGACUGUAGAAGGGUCCCAGGAACUAGAAGGCGAAGGCACUCCAUCUUUGGACUCCCCAGCUCUCCGAGAUGCGGACAGCCAGAGUAACCAGCGCAGCAGGAACCACUCCGCAGAGUCUUCUGACAGGGAGGAGGAGCCAGAAGAGGACACCAUGGAGCUAGAACUAGCACUAGAGAGGAAAAAAGCUGAGCUUCGUGCCUUGGAGGAAGGUGACGGCAGUGCCGGUGCUUCGAGCCCCUGUUCUGAAACAAGUCAGGAUGGGCCUCGUAAUUUACUUUUGAAGAACAAAUGGAAGACGUCUUUCCUCCGUGCGCCAAGUCCUGACUCGAACAGCCGUGGCUCAGACAAGGCAGGAUGGGCCACUCCAGAGCACUCAGACAAUGCACAUUCCAAAACAGCUGAGAAGCAAGGAGAGGAAGAUGAUAAGGAGAAGUCUGUAUCCAAAGCUCUUCAAAAGGAAGAAGAGGACCUCAAGUUUCAGAUCGGAGAGCUUGCUAACACACUCACCAACAAAAUGGAGUUUUUGGGAAUCGACAAGAAAGCCAUCUCAAACUUUCAACUGCUGUUGCUGCAAACGGAGACGCGGAUCUCAGACUGGCGAGAGGGCGCUCUGAACGGAAACUAUCUCCGGCGCAGGCUGCAGGAAGCUGCCGAGCACAUAAAACAUUACGAACUUAACGCCACUCCCAAAGGCUGGUCCUGCCACUGGGACAGAGAGCACAGACGGUACUUUUAUGUGAACGAGAGGACCAACACUUCCCAGUGGGAGUUUCCAGUUGUGGAGGAGAAUGAGGAUGCCAAGCCGCCCCCGCCGCCCACUUCUGGCCUCGGAGACACUAGCCAACCAUCUGCAGAAACCACUGGUGCUAUAACAGGAGCUUCGUUAGGAGAUGUGCAGUCUUAUUGGUUGGUACCCCAGCCUCCUCAGCCACCAUUGCCUCCACUUCCUCCAGAGGAUCCGCCCCCUCCACCUACAGAGCAACCACCGCCACCCCCUCCACCACCUGAAUCUCCUCCUCCACCCCCUCCACCACCCCUCGAGGAUGAUGGAGAGAUUGAGGAAGUGGAGAUGGAGGAUGAGGAGUCAGAGCCUCCGGCUCCUGGAACAGAAGAGUUCAAGGCGGCUGAGGCAGCAGCAUCUUUGGGACUUGAGGCUAAAGGCCAGAAACGCAAGGCCCCAGGCUCAGUCCCGCUGCCCAAAACAGUCACCAUCGGCAGCAACCCCAUUCUUUACAGUCAACCCAUUGCUACUGCUGCCCCACUUCUAGUUGGAAGUGCUUACUGGGGGAUGACAACUACAGUUGCACCUCCUCUGCCUACAGAGAGCAUAGUCCCACCAAUGCCAGCUCUGCCCCCCCAGCCACCCCCUCCUGCUCCACAACCUCCCAGCGCCCUGGAACUGAUGAGCAAAGCCCUCAUAGAUAAAACAAAGAAACAAAAGAAAGAGAAGACAAAGAAGAGCAAGACAAAGAUGCCGUCCCUGGUAAAGAAGUGGCAGAGCAUUCAGAAAGAGCUAGAUGAAGAGGAGAAGUCGAGCUCCAGCGAUGAAGAUAGAGAACAGCUCAACAGCAGACGCAUUGAGGAAUGGAAACAGCAACAGCUUGCAACAGGGAAGGCCGGGAAGAAUGCUAACUUUGAAGCGCUUCCUGAAGACUGGAGGGAAAGACUGUUAAAGAAAAGAAAGAUGAUGCAGAGUUCAUAGAAGUCUUAAACACUAAACAAGAGCCUCUGGUAGAGGUGGACUGAACUGUGUUUUGGAGUUGUGUGCCGCUUGCUCAGCUUCAGUGGACUUAGUUGGGCAAAUUUGAACGAAUGUUUUUUUUUUUUUUUUUUAUACAAACGCACAUCGCUGGUCAGAGCCUAUUUUAGGUCCGCUCUGUGCUGUUAAAUUCAAAUGCAUCAUCUUGUGACUAAAGGUAUAGUUUGUUAUGGGUUGUUGUAAAAUGAUAAAACAGCCUCUAAUGUCCAGACGUUACUUUAAUGAUGCAGCGAACCAGAAAAAAGGUUAAACGUACAGCAUUUAUCAUUGUCCUUUUUGUUUUAUUACUCCAACCAUGAAACCUGUGCACGAUUUAUCUGUAAAUUAAAAUGUAAUGACAUCCAUAUUAAAAGGACUGUUCCAUUUCUUAGGUUUCUCAGAGCUGUUCUCAGUUUCUCAGAAAAAAAAAAAACAGCAACAUACGUUUUGUACAAUGUCAAUUGUGCGAACCAUCAGCUGUACAGUGAGCUCUGCGCAGUCAUGGGUGACAUUAAACAGUGCUGUACCUGUGUGUCCAGCUACCAAUGAUUUAUAAGUUAAGCUUCAAUAUCAGUUUUUCCUUUACAUAUAUGUGUAUAUAUAUGUAUAUGGAUGGAUGGAUGGAUGGUAACAUCAGUCUUGGAUCAGAACAACUGACCACUGUUAACAAGAGUUUCAGCCAUGCUUCUAAAAUCAUAGUUGAGACUUCCAUGUCCUUUGCACUUUAAAGUAUGCUUCAAAUGUGAACUAUAUCUUUUUUUCCACUGAUGAUGUUGUGAUAGUCAACUCAUGUGCCAACUUCUUUUUUCCCUAUAAUAUUAAUGAACAUUGGUCACUAAAUGUCUUUUUAAUCGAAAAAUCGAUGUUUAAUGUAAAUGCUCCCUGAACUGGGGAUGUAGAGAUAUCAACCCUUUUCUACAUUGUAAAUAAAAACAAUUUCUACAAA